GACCAAGCAACGACGUCGUCGUCUUAAGCUUAAUGCACCUGCUUAGCCCUAGUAUUCUGCAACAGCUACGCUAUGCUCAGUGUGCAACUAUCUUCUGCUUGCUGGCCGUGUCGCAAUCUAUAUUGUCCCAUCUCAUGUCAAUCCGUCUGCCUGAUCCGUCGCUGGAGCAACUCGACAUGACACAGCUGAUCGCAUGACGAGCUCGAGACCCAUCGGUCUCGGAGGACAAUGGAUGCACCUGCCAGUGGCACGGGCAUUGAUAGCCAAGCUGAGCUUGCAUUGUAGAAGGGGCAUAUUAAACACAAGGAGAAUCCGCCUCUCACCUCCGCCUGAACGUUCGCAGCGGCCUCGACCAUGUCUUCUAACGAUUUUAUUGACCUUCUCUUCCCCUUGCCUUCCCCCGCCCCCUCAAACGCAUGCCCGGAGAGGUUCCCCGGGAUCACUUACGAGACAAAGCUCGCACUAACACGGAAACUCAAGGAUAACCAUACGCAGUUCCACGCCUUCCGUAACGAGCAGGGGCUACACAAUACUAUGCCGCAUCAGCUACUUGCACUGUUCGCCAUGGGAGGAUCCACGCCUCUCUAUGAUGCCGUGUAUAAGAAGCAAGAAGCCGAACUACUCACCGCCUUCCAGUCACCGGAGGAGAUCACUGCAGAGAACUAUCACAAGUUCCUGGGUAACAAGGACUACUACGACGCGUAUCUUGAAUAUUUCCACCGCGUUGUGUUUGAACUUGGAUUUGCCGCUACGUUGGAUGAAUACCUUCUCUCGCGCGGCGCCAACUACCCCGAGACGGGUGCUCCUCGACACAUGGUGAACCGUCUGCUUGCACGCUCCUUCCACCCCAUGAUCUAUCUUGGUUAUGGCAUCGAAUUUGGUUUCCCAGGACUAGUGGCUGAAGGUCUUGCACAGAUGGCAGUUCACCCACAAGAGGCACCUAGCCUCCUACUCGCGUCCGAUUUCGAGAUCCCAGAAGACGCCGCUGACGCACCCGAUCUGCCUCCCCUACAAGCAGGCUUCUCCUCCCUGACGCUCAACGAGCGCAAACGGAGCUUACUCACCCUCAAGUAUCUGAAGGGCGACAACAAGUUCGCUGUACACGCCUUCACCGUCCUUGCGCGCGUCGUAAAGGACGACCGCUUCAAGUGCAGCGCCCUCAACCUGAAGCCGCAAGAGGAUCUAUCGGAGGCUGCGCUCCUCCUCGAGCACGUCGGCAAGGAGUUUGGCAGCGCCAUCGUCGAGUACGCUGCCGACUGGCUCCCGGACGACUCGGGCGCGUACAUUCUAGAGAGCAAGGUCGAGGAGCUGUGCUGGCUCGGGACCCUCUUGUACGGCAUUAGCGGCUAUCAGACCGACGGCUUCGUCGCGGACUACUACUUGAUGCACAUCGUCACGUCGAGUAUCUUCCUUCCGUCGUUCCUCGCCUAUCUCUCCCCAGCCUCCGCCAUCGUCCUCCUCCGCACCUUCCUCCGCACCACUCUCGCGUGGUACGUCGCCCGCGGGCGCCCCGCCCCGCCCAUCCGCAAGUUCUACGCCGGCACGGCUCCGUCUCCGCCUCCCAAGCCCGAAGGCAGGCUCGCGGAUGCGGUCUCCGCGAACCCCUGGUUCCCGCUCAUCCAGCAGACCCUGGCCCAUGGCGACGAACAUCUUCCGACUCUCCAGCGCGCGCUCGCGCACUUCGCUAAGGUAUAUGGCGAUCGUACGAAGGGGUCGUUCGAGGGCUUGGACGGCGCGGAGCUCGUCGAUGGUACUCUCUUCCUCCGAGUGGCAGAGUUGACGGGCAAGAGGAUGGAGAAAGCUGGGAGUACUUGGGACUUCGGCGGGUUCUUCCAGUAGGCAUAACGUAAGAUUUACUGCUGAGGGAUACCUGCAUCUGUGAGUAGUGAUACAUUGUAUUAUACGUGUGUAUCGAUGAUCUUGUAAU